UUCAAACUAUGGUUCAAAAAGUAAUAAAUCAAGAGUAAGAAGCACUACGUCAAGACUGAAUUUGGAAAUGGAAGCUCUACGAUUGAAAGAAAGGUUCGAAAAUGAGGAGUGCAUGGAACGAUUGCGAAUGAUUCAAAGCAAAAAAGAAAUAGCUUUCAAAGAAUUGGAGCUGAAGAUGAAAAUGCUCGAAGAGGAAGGUGUCACUGAUGAUGGUUCACAAGGCAAUAUGUCUGAAAGAAGUAUGUAUAGAGAUCAAGAUCAGGUGAGAAAUUGGAUACGUAAAUGUGAUCCUGACCGAGUGGCAAAUUCUGAAAGGAAGCCAGAUCCAGUCUUUCCUUGGGAAGGAAAGUUUGAAGAGAGGAGAGCUCACAGAGUGGCCUCUUUUCUUUAGCGAAUUUAAGAGAUCUUCUGAGGUUUAUGGUUUGAAUGAUUACGAUAAUUUAUUGAGGUUGGAUAGGAGUUUGAAAGGCAAAGCACGUGAAACUAUCAAACCACUUUUGAGUUCACCUGAAAAUGUAAGCAAAAUUAUGAAAAUGUUAGAAAUGAACUUUGGCAGGGCUGAUUGGAUAAUAUUGAGUUUAAUGGAAAAGGUUAAAAAAUUUGGGUUUGUCAAAGAAGAUAAAUUAGAUGUUUGCAUUGCAUUUUCGAAUGCUAUUAAUAAUUUAGUUACGACUAUGAGAAAUAUUAAUUGCACAUUGUAUUUGUUCAAUCCAGAACUUAUGGCAAUAAUUGUAGAGAAGCUUGCCCCGAUACAGAAGUACAAUUGGGGUAAGUGCAAGUUGCAAAGAGACAAAGAGGGAUUACCAACUUCGUUAGAAGACUUCGCGGCAUGGUAUGAGGAUGAAAUAGGUGCAGUGGCAUCGAUUUCUAAUCCAAUUUCAAAAUCAAAGGUGAACUUUAAGAAAGAAACAAUUUUCACUUUGAAAAAUAAG